AAAAAAAAAAAAAAAAAUAGAAAAGAGAGAAAAGAACUUCUUCAUCCUCGCUGCGUCUUGGACCAAUCUCCUCCCGUUUUAUUCGUCUUUUCCUGCCCCCCCCUCCUCCUCUUCCCUCACUCAACCCCCCCACUCCCUAGAGCUAGACUCUCCUCGCUUGUGUUGUAGGCGCGCGUUAUAAAGCGCAAAGCCCCGCCGUUCCCUUCAGAUCGAAGUGCUCCGACCGCUGUGCGCGCCAGCUGUCAGACAAUCAGGACCUGAACCCGCUCACAGCUAUGACCCUGCUGCACCCCCUGCGUGGAUUAACCCUCCAGUAACCGCUGUUGGCCGCUCCUACCCCCCCUCUCUUUCUAACACCAUCAUCACCCGCAGCAGCAGCAGCAGUAUCAGCAUCAGCACCAGCAGCAUCCUCCACCUCACCGGCACCUCCGUCCUGUCCCCGUCUCCAACUCUCAGCUUUGUUCUGCGGUCAUGGGGUGCGUCGUGUCCGUUUUAUCUGGGCUGCUGAGGGGCUUGAGCGUGCUGUGAGGUGGAUACCAGGUGGAUUUAUGGUCCGCAAAGCCACGACUACCAGCCGAGGGAAAUUAGUGGAAGUUUGAGCUCCGGGAGGAUGCAGGUGACGUGUUGGUGCGCCGUGUUCCUCCUGACGCCUGCACUUUGCCUGGUAACAAGUGCCCACACCUCAAAGUCGGACAUUGUCAAGUCAGGAAACCCUAAAUCCACCCUAAAGCAUAUAUGGACAGAAAGCAGCAAGGACAUGUCCAUCAGUAGGUUGCUGUCACAGACUCUACAUGGCAAAGAGAACAGCACAGCCUUGGACCUUCGCUAUGACACUCCAGAACCCUACUCUGAGCAGGAUCUGUGGGACUGGCUGAGGAACUCCACAGACCUGCAGGACUCGCGGCCACGGGCUAAACGGCGGCCCAUGGUCAAGACGGGGAAGUUCAAGAAGAUGUUCGGCUGGGGAGACUUCCACUCCAACAUCAAGACGGUCAAACUCAACCUGCUCAUCACCGGAAAGAUCGUGGAUCACGGAAACGGCACCUUCAGUGUUUAUUUCCGCCACAACUCCACAGGCCAGGGCAACGUGUCCGUCAGUUUGGUCCCUCCCACCAAGAUAGUAGAGUUUGACGUGGCGGCUCAGCAGUCUGUCAUUGACGCCAAGGACUCCAAGUCCUUCAACUGCCGUAUAGAGUACGAGAAGGUAGAGAAGGGUGCCAAGAACACCCUCUGCAACUUCGACCCAUCCAAGACCUGCUACCAGGAGCAGACCCAGAGCCACGUGUCCUGGCUCUGCUCCAAACCAUUUAAAGUCAUCUGCAUCUUCAUUUCCUUCUACAGCACCGACUACAAACUGGUGCAGAAAGUGUGCCCGGACUACAACUACCACAGUGACACUCCUUACUUCCCGUCCGGCUGACACUCCCGUAUGAUCACCCACAGCUUGGUGGACGACUGGAGCACAGACUGGGGCUUCUACCCAUCCCAGAGAAAUGUGUAUGUUAGCUGUACUGUCCCCAAACAUGUUAUUUUCAGAGUGUCAGCUAUCCCAAUUGGUUUCCCCAGUUUUACAUUAUGAACCGUUUAUUUUUAUUUGUUGGUGGAAGGUGGAAUAUAGGAGUGUAAUGUGAUAAAAAUCCUAAAAACUCUCAAUAAUUAUGAGUUUGUUCCUGAAUUCUGUCUUAUCCCUGUUGAACCAUGUGUAGAUAGCAGGGGCUUGUUGUUACCCAUUUGUUGUUAUCUUCUUUUAACAUUGAUAUCGGUGUCAAAUGUCAUGUUAACAUCUUCCUUUUUGUUUUUUACUCCCAAUACAACACAGUGCAUCAACUCUCUGGACAACACUAUUACAGACUGUUUGCCCCAGCUGUGCUAUUUAUGCUCUGCAGUUUAUCCUGGAUAACUGGAAAACAAAAUUACUCCUCAUUUAAAAACAAUAAAAAAAAAAUAAAAAAAUAAAAAAAAAUU